UGACGAGUUCGGUUCUCGCACCCGAAGAUCGCGAAUCCUCCCGCAAGUCCGUCCAGAAAACGUUUUCCAUCGUUGCUUCUCGCUGUUUCGCGACGACAAAUCGGCCACAGCCCGUGUUCGGCCUCGGCAGGUUGACUGCUGGGAGGAACCAGUCCGGAGAAGAAUUUGAAAUAGGCAGGAAAUGGAAGCGAAGGAGAUAAACCAUCGAGAGAACGCGGGGACCCGAGAGCGAAGCGUGAGCCGAAGAUGUGCGCGGAGAAAACGCUGAAAAGUUCCUCCCGUCUCCGUCUCCUCCUCACCGCCCAGCUUCCCGACAGAGACCGAUAGUGUGGAACAACAAACGACCCGAGAGCGAGGAGAAAACGGAGGAAGAGAAGUGAAGAGAAAAGGAUGACAGAAGGUAAUGCAGCAGGCGCAGAGCAGAGACGAACGCGGAGAUCGUGAAAGAGGUCCGGAAACUCGCAGUGAGGCGGUUCUUGUUGACCACGAGGCGUGGAACGAAAAGAGACAAGGAAGACAAUCGGGAGAGGAUAGGAAGGAAGAAACAAGACAGCGGAAGGGAUUCGAGGGUGACAAGAAAGGAAACGACAGAGAUGGCAAUCCCUUCGUACAUCAGCUCCGGCGCGAGCUUCCCGCGACGAGGCCCCAAGGAACUCCGCCGUCUUCGUCUGUCCUCCUCCCCUCUCCCUCUUUCUUCCUUCUUUCACCAUUCUCCUUCUCGCACUUCUCCACUCUUCGUUUCGUGCUGUCUUGCCCAGUCUACACCUUCUCCUGCUUCUCUCUCUUCUCCUGCUUCUCUCUCUUCCCUCUCUUCCCUCACUUCGUCUUCCUCUUCUCUCCCUUCUGCUCUCGCUUCUCCUCUCUCUUGUCCUCUCUCUUCUCUCCCUUCUUCUCUCUCUUCCCCUCUCGCUUCUUCUUUUUUUUCGCUGGUUCUUGUGCACUCCUCGUCUUCAGCCUCUGAGUUGGAGAGAGAAGGGAAGGCAGCUCGGUCUCGAGCGUGCGCCCUUGCGCUGUCUCUACAGCGUCUCGCGGUGGAGCGUAGGCGGCGAGAAGAAGCCAGUGGAGAGGAAGGAGUUCGAAGAGGAACGCAGCGGACGAGAGAAGAGGAGGAAGAUGAACGAAUCGCAAGAAUCCUCGCGGAACUCGUUGCUUUCGCCCAGAAGGCGGCCAUGAGGGAAAAGGAAGAGUCGCGUCAUCGGCCUUCUUCUCCUUCGUCUUUUUUCUCUCUGUCGCAAAUCUCUUCUUCCUCUUCUUCCUCGUCUGUCGCUUCUGAGUCUCGGCCUUCUUCCUCGUCCAGCACUGCGAAAGAGAAACCGCCUUCUCCUCUCCAGUGCUGCGUCGUCUUGCAUGCAUGCGCGACUUUACUGUCUCAGCGCGAACUCGAAUUUCCCAGGAGAAACAACGUUUCAGUCGACAAAAGACAGAAUCCUUUGAGAGAGCCGACAAACGUGGACUGGAGACACCUGCCUCUCUACCCCUUUCUCCGAGAAGAAAGCUCCUCUCAGACGCCUCCGCCAUCUUCGCUUUCAACUUCUUCACAUUCUUCUUCUCUUUCUCCUUUGCCUUCUUCCCCGUCUGGCCUCCUGUCUGCGUUUCCUCCUGGUGUGCUGUUGCUGCACGUGGCUGCACUGUACAUACACCGGAGCUUUGCGCUCCUGCAUCUCUGUUCCGUCAAACAGCUCGUGAUGCUGACGAGCGUGUUGAGCCGCCUUCUGCCUCUUCUUCCGUUUCCUUCCUCGGCCUCUCGAGUUCGUUUGUGCGGCAGAGCGCUCGCGCUUCGGCUUCAAGAAGACGAAGAACACCGCCGUCGCUUCCGCGAGAAUGAGGCGAGGAAAAAGAAGCAAAAGAAGAGAAGAGAGCGACAGAGACUCUUCGUGGCGACGCCCAGGUCAUUCGCUUCCGACGCGGCGUCUUCUCCCCGUCCUUUCGACUCUUCUUCGGCCGCUUCGCGUUCUCAGGCAGCGCAUGUAGAGAGGGAGGGAAACGCUCAAGGAAGCGAAUCCGAGACAAGAAAAAACGAGGAUCCUUUCUGUGAAAACUGGACUCCUCCGUCGCCUGCAGCCGGCAGAGAGCUAUCCACCUCUUGCGGUGGGCGAACGCCGUCAACCGCGUCGGUUGACUCGGCGAACAAGGGCGAGGAAGAGGGACAUGAAGGAAAAGACGAAACACAGCGUCUUUCUCUCUCUGCUUGCGAGAACCAGGUGGAUGCCUCUGCACUCUCUCGGAACUCGCAGGGACUUUCCGAUUCUUCAGAGACGUCUUGGGAUUCCGAAAGUCGCGCGAGAAACGCCGGGCACCAUGAGGAGCGCGAUUUUGCGUCUUCGUUCGCGUUUACUCCUGAUAAGGCUGUCGUGAGUGCGCUCCUCGUUCUCGCGCUUCGUCGUGUUUCCCUGCGGGUGAAAAAGCAGAAACGAGACGGCACAGGCCUCGAGCUCCUCUCUCCACACUCGCUUUCAGCCCUCGCAAACGCCGUCGCUGUCCUCUGCACACAGUCUCUUCCGCAGCUCCUCGACAAGGCUGCUCGAGUGGACGCCUCGCGCAGACGCAGCCUCUCCACGGUGUUUGUACACCCCAGCGAAGAUGAGCAUGGAGGCGAAGCACCCAGAAGAACACACGCAGACAGAAACGAGGGGAGAGAGGAAGAGGAAGAAGAGAUGCAGUGUGAGAGGGCAAGAGAAGAGAGAAGAGAGAUGAGUCGAGGAGCAACGCUCCAGGUGGGAUGCAAAGAAGAAAGUCAGGUUCAAGGGAGUGCAGAACAUUUACAAAAAAGAGAGGAAGGAGAAGACAGAGAGGAACCGCAGCUGCCUUCCUUCAGAAGAGAGACAGAGACGCUGCAGUCUACGAACAAGAAGUCAGUUCAGUGGAGAAACGCGGAGACGCUCGAGGAACCCAAUACUGAGUCACCGUGGACACUCGCGACAAAUGCAAGUGGCGCAUGCAGUCGAGGUAUCCUCGACCUGUCACCUCCAAAGAGUCACCUCUUUUCUCCUCUCUCUUUCACUGAGUCUCCUCUCCAGGGCAUCUCUCCCUUGCUCGCUCCCUCCUUUCUCUCUCUUUCUUCCUCGAGUCCUUCUUCCUCCGCUUCUGCCUCUAGUUCUCUCUCUUCUCCUUCUUCUCCUUCCUUUUCGUCUUCUCUCUCUUCCGCCUCUUCUUUUGCUUCCUCUUCAUCUGGCGAGGAGUCUCCAGAGAUGUUGACUGCCCAGCUUGGUGCGAUGGCGGGCGCUGCAGGUCGCUGUCUCUUUUUCGAGGAGACGAAGAAGCGCGAAGAAAACUGGUUUCUUCAAGCGUGCGUGAAGCAGCUGCCGCUUUUCAAAAGGAAGGAUCUGGCCGUGCUUCUCCCUGCUCUUGUGCGCCUGCGCGCGUUUCCCUUCUGCGACGGAAGCCAAGACGAACCUGGAGAGCUUCUUCAUCGCCUGCCUCUUCGCCUGCUGGACUGUGUCGGCACCAUGUCUCCUGAAGACCUUUGUCACCUUCUACCGGCGGCCUCUGUCGUCUUUUUCUAUUGCGCGAAACGCGGGAGUUCUCUGUUUCCGUCUGAAGAAGGGAAGUCGAAGAGAGCAAAGCGAGAGAACUUCAUGACCAAAACAGCGUCCAUGGCUUACGCUUUGUGCUCCACAUCUCCUCGGCGUGUCGACCUUCCUGUCUCGUCACUCGAGGAAAGAACAGAGAGACAGUGCAGGGCUACGGCAGACAGAACGACACAGAAGGACAAACGGAGAGCGCGACGAGAGGAAACCUCAGCAGCCGACGGACAAGGAAAGAAAGAGGCUUGGACGGAAGUCAGCCGGCUGUGGUUCAAGGUCGUCGAGGCAACGAAACGGCAGAAAGAAACGUUGCACUUUUGAGGGACGAGCGGAACCACAUGGGGGCGGAGCGUACUCGAGAGGGACGCCACAGAGUCAGGAAGAGAACUCAUGCAGAUGCAGAGAAACUCAGCCAUGGCCAAAAUCGACGCUCGGUUAGCUACAGUGACCGGGCACUCGAGACGCUUCAACGAUUCCCACACUGGUGUACAGGAACGGGUUAGUGACUGUUUGUCGAUGCGUCUCCAGAAAAGUCGCUCGUGGGAUGGGGUCUGCGAGUUGCCACACGCAGACGCAAAAAAUCGAUCAUGGUCCUAUCCAGCCGAAUGCACUGCUGAGGAGUCGCUCCCUCUCAGAGACGAAGGACGCUGUACACGUCCGCGGAUCUGUAUGUCGGGAGAGGCGUAGGCAUUCGUCUGUGGAGUUUUCUGUUGCAAUUCCCUCUCUCUGUCCUGGCCAUAUGCUGAAAUGAUGCUCGCGUCCUGCUCUGCGACGACGCGCAGUUCACGCGUUUCGACCCGGGAAACACAGGGAACACGAGAGAGUCCUUCCAAACACAGGUGUGGAGAGGUACACACCGAGCAGAGACAACGCGCUUCUGGUCCCUAGAUUUGGCGCCUCUGCUUGGUGUUUCCUGUCUCUUCAGUUUGCAGUCGACCCGCUGGAACGAGGGUGACUCAUCAGUAUGCGCUGUCUUUGGAGUUUUGGAGACACGCCAGCAAGUGACGAGGCAAGCUUUUCUGUGGCUGCAAGCGUGGGUUUGAUGACAAGAAAACGACAAAGGAGGACGUGCAUGCUUUCUAGCAAGAAAAAGAAUGAGGUGGUAGGCGGGAUGGAACAAGGAAGAAGGUACAGAAGAAACGAGGGACGUGCAGCGAGAUGUGUGCGCCCCGCUAGAGUAAUUGUGCUUCCCAUUCUCGAGGAGCCAAUGUUGUUUUUUUCGUCGCGUUUUAGACUCAAUGUCAAGCGAAUAAGCUAUAUUUGACCCUGCAGGUAUUUCUGAAACGCAAUGGCCUUUUUACGGCACUUUCUGCUGGUCUUCGAA